AGAUGUCUGAUUAGCCAUUCAGAGGUGCAAGGCUUCAUUGAGAGGUGUAUGACAGCUGUGGGUACCAAGCAGCAUCAUGCUCGCAGCCUAGCUGAGGUGCUGGUGGAAGGAGACCACAGGGGUCACUACAGCCAUGGACUGAACAGGAUGGACAUGUAUGUGAAAGACAUCAAAUCAGGAAUCUGUGCCAAAGAUGGUGAGCCGGUGGUAGAGAAGGAGAGUGCAGGCACAGCGCUUGUGGAUGGGAAGAACCUCCUGGGUCCUGUGGUGGGAAACUUCUGCAUGAAACUGGCCAUAAAGAAAGCCAAAGAGGCCGGCAUUGGCUGGGUUGUGGCACACGGCUCCAACCACUAUGGUAUUGCUGGAUACUAUGCAAUGCAAGCUCUGAAAGAAAACAUGAUUGGCAUGUCAUAUACCAACACGUCCCCUCUGGUGGUCCCCACACGUGGUAAAGAUUGCACUUUGGGAACGAACCCCAUCAGUGUGGCUGCACCUGCUAAUGGCGGAGACAGCUUUGUCCUGGAUAUGGCCACAUCAGCAGUGGCACUUGGAAAGGUGGAGCUCCAUGAGCGACGUGGAGACAGCAUCCCCGAGGGAUGGGGUUGUGAUGCUCAGGGCAAGCUCAGCACAGACCCCAAGAGAGUCCUGCAGGGAGGAGGGCUGGUGCCGAUUGGCGGCAGCGAAGCUACAGGAGGGUACAAAGGCUAUGGUCUGGGAAUGAUGGUAGAAGUGUUCUGCGGCAUCCUGGCUGGUGCCCAGUAUAGCAAACAUGUCCGCACGUGGAAAGUAACUGAUCGUGUUGCCAACCUGGGUCAGUGUUUUGUAGCAAUCAACCCAGAAAACUUUGCUCCUGGGUUCAGCGACAGGAUGUCAGACCUGCUCUCCAUCCAAAGAGGAUUGGACCCUGCUGACCCUGGCUGUCCUGUUUUGACUGCUGGAGAUCCAGAAAGGAUGCACAUGGAUGAAUGUAAGAAGAUAGGUGGGAUCUCCUACCACCUCAAAGUCGUCAAUUACAUGAACGAAUGUGCUAAGAGCAUUGGAGUCAGCAGUCUUCUGCCAUGUGACAAACUCAUCCCCAAUUAGUCUGCCCAAUAAAAAUCUUUGGAAAUCUAACAUUUCUCCUCAGCUUGAAGUUCACAUUGACCAACUAGUGAAUGCACAUCAUAUAAGCUGACAGUUAUUUUUUAAUGACUUAAACCAGGUAUUUUAACAUAUGUAUAGUUUUGAUUAAAAUAUUUUGAUAACCUUAAAAUCUGUGACCAAAAUGGAAAAUAUCAAAUAUUUUUCCUUUUAAGGGACUCAUUGAAGAUUCUUGAUAUGCUGUCUGACAGCAAAUACGCAUAAAUUGUCUGAAGUUGU